GUGCACCAUGCAAACACACAGUGCAGACCCGGGGCAUCUAUGAGUGUGGGUGGGGUCGCUUUCAUGCGCAACCAGACAGCAAUGUGCUCUCCACGGCGAGCCCCAAAGUCCUAAACUUCAAUAAGAGCAAAUCCCCUGCAGGAGGAGACAGAGGGAGGCGUGCGGGGUUGUUUUCCUUCAGUCCCUGCAGAAAUAAUCGAUUCCACGGGAUAUCAUAAGGACUAAACCUGGCUGAACAAAGAGGGCCCCUUUCUGCGUCGUAAGUAGUGCACAUUUAUCCCUCAGCAUCAUCUCCCUCAGCAUCAUCCUCCUACCGACCGAUCGCCAUGGCGUGGCCGUGCAUCACGCGCGCCUGCUGCAUCAACCGCUUCUGGACCGAGCUGGAUAAAGGGGACAUCGCAGUGCCUUUGGUUUUCACCAAAUACUCCGAUGUGGCCGAGGUGCAGCACCUGGCGCAUCACCCGCAGCCCAAGCAGAGGCAGCUCGGUGCCGGCGUCGCCAUAGAAACGCAGCAUCAGCAUCCUCCCGAGCCGCCGGAGGCUGCGACGGCCAGAGACGGCUCCGCCGCGUCCGUCAUGCGCCAGGAUUUCAAGGCGUGGAGAGUGCGCCCCGAGCCCAGCUGCAAGCCCCGCAACGAGUACCAGCCGCCCCCGGCCCCGUUCAACAACCAGACCCAGUACCAGAAGGACUACAAGCCGUGGCCCAUCCCCAAGAAGCACGACCACCCGUGGAUCCCCAAACCCGGGCCGGGCGCGGAGCCGGCGGCCGCCGAGGCCGAGAGCGGCGUGGAGAAGAGCGAGAUAGAGGAGAAGAUGCAGGAGAAGGAAGCCAAGGAGCCGCCCAAGGAGCCAGCCAAGGAGCCAGCCAAGGAGCCAGCCAGGGAGCCCGCCGGGAAGAGCACGAAACGGGAGAAGUCGGCGGAGAAGAAAGCGGGUGAGAGGACGGAGGGACAGACGGCCGCCGAGGCGGAGCAGAGGAAAGGCAGAGCGGCCGCAGACGCUCUCAACAGACAGAUCAAGGAGGUCAUGUCGACUUCCAGCAGCUACAGGACUGAGUUCAAAGCGUAUAAGGAUGUGAAACCCGUGAAGGCCAUCAAAGCUCUGUCGCAGUACAAGCCGCCCGCGGAGGAGACCAGCCGGGAAACCAGCUACAGUGCCACAUUCAAGGGGGAGCAGGUGAAGGCCCAAGCAAAGGACAACAAGCUGCUGGAGCGCAGGAGGAUACGCAGCCUGUACAGCGAGCCUGGCAAGGAGCCCGCAAAGGAGCCCGCCAAGGAGCCCGCCAAGCCGGACAAAGCAGCAUCUCGCACCAAACCAAAAAAGGCACCGACAACAGCAACAGGGAGGAUGGUGAAGAAAACCAAAGAGAAGCAGAUUUCCCAGGCAGUUAAGAAGAAACCCUCUGUAGGCGCAUCGGAGCCCAACCCAGACGGAGCCGUGUCAAAGAAGAGCAAAGAGAUCAGUAAUAGACUGGCGGAAGCGAAACAGUAGGAAAGGGUCAUCUCUACACUUCUAUCUCUGAGGCGACAGGCGACUGGGUGAUGACUUAGGCAAAUCUCCUCCUUUUGGCUUAUCUCCUUACCUGUUGUCCCGUCAUACAUAGUUCACCUUUGAAUGGGCACUGAUGUUGAGCUUUUAGGAUAAUGCAAACAGUUUCACCCUCAGUGACGCGCAACAGUAUGUGAAUGUGUGAAAGUGUGUGAUUCCUUUGUAUCGCAGCAAACACAGAACCGCUUUAUAUUUUUUAAGCACAUAAUUUGCACAUAUGAGUUCUGUUUGACAUCACGUUUUUUAAGGGAUCCAUCAGGACACAUGUAAUGUGUGUAUGAAAGGGCAUUUUUACCUUUGUCUGAAUGGAUGACGAUUGACAUCCGUAUUAAAAUGAUUGUAAAAAAAAAAAGAAAAGAAAACAAUGAAAAAAAAAAUUCAAGGAGAAGCUUUCUCUGAGCCUGAGGGUUUUCGUGAAAGUGCAAACUCUGUUUUAUAAUUUCCUAAUUACAGUGCCUCCGCUGUAUGGUCCUGGUUUCCGUUUCAUUGUUCUGGAUGAUAUCUGGUUUCAUCAGUUUGGUUGCUAAGAAACCAAAUUAACUGUAAUGUAAUUGCUCCAGCUUGCAUGCAAGGCCCUGUUUUUGGUUGAGUAGCAACAUUUUAGCCGACUGCAUACGUCACAGUCGCGAGCUUGUAAAUUGAGCUGUUAAAGAUACAUGUGCGGGGGGAGGGAGGGGGAUCUUUUCAAAUAUAUUGCAUGUGUAGAAGUAGAUUCAGAUCACAUUUAAAGGUUCACACAGCAAGUAAAAUCAUAGUGUAGUGGAAAAUAAACACACCAGCGAUAUGGUUUCACAAAUAAGCUUAUUGCUUGUUAUCUAAAUGGAGAUCCACUCCUUGAAUUUAACGUGAAAACUGCAGUUUUUCCAACAUUUUGUGGCAUUGUACUCAACCUUAUCUCUAAAACCUAUGAAGCUGUAAUAAACAAAAAAGGAGGUAUAUAGACCUCAAAAAGGAUAAUCUACUUAACUUCCCCAUCAGUGUUCCUUCUGAAUGGGUUGAUCUCUACAUAUGUUGAAGGGCAAGGGAUGGGCCAGGACUUAAAGUUCAGCUCUUUAAAAUGCUGCUCUCUGAAAUCACAUGUGUUCAUGGUGAGUGUGACAUGAGGCAUUUCAGACUAAAAUGUCAGCCCGGCCUUGCUGCGAUAACGUGAGCGUGCCAGGGCCCCGCUUGAACGCUAUCCACCGUGAGUCUGCUUCCAGUUUCUGCUUCUCUGUGUGAGUGACGGAGCUUUUCUCUGCGUGUUUGUGUGUAUGUGUGAGCUCUUCAGCCUGCUACAUGCUAGCAUCAAAUCUGACCCGACCACUAGAGAUGCUGCUAUGCACUCCAACACCUUGGUGCUAUAUAUUUCUCAUCAUAUAUGCUGUCUGGUUUUGACUGCAAGUGGCAUCAGACCAGAGUGAAGAGAAGAUAUGACAAUGUAACCACUGCAGAUGUGUUGUGAUCUUGUGCUUGUGUCCUCAGCUUGCUCUGAAUGAACUGAUUAAAGAUGAUGCUACA